AUCCCAAUUACUGCAGGUUUUACCUGUUAAAGUUUAAGUCUUUCCAAUUUCUCUUUAGGGCGACUUUUUCCUUCCUCGUUUCCAUCUCUGAUGGAUGACUUUGGCCAGAUGAAAGACAAGGUGAAGGAGGCCGUGCCGAUCUUUCUCAACACUAAUACACUACAGGAACUCAAAUUAGAUUGUGGCAUCCACAUCGCAGAAUCGGUGACACCGACAAGCACGCCGCGCUUUCCACGGAUGCCCGUCCCAACCACAGGUUCAACUGUAUAAGAAGGUAGCUCCUAAUACAUGGAGGUUGUAGAGCUUCUUAUGGCGAACUUACACCAGCGUUUCUGUUCAACGACAAAGAAAGACGGAAACCAAAUUCGACUUCUACUGUAGUAUUGAUCAGAGGAUUGGGGAAUUUUCGAUAUUUGAUUGUGUGAAGAAUCAUUCGACGUUGUUGGGUUGAGCGCUGUCGAGAAGCUCCGAAACGCGCUACGUGGCACUAGCACGAUCUACCGCGUGGCGUCUCUGCGCACGUCCCGACGCGAUGGAUCUCGAGC